AUGUCCAGCCACCAGCGUCCUCCUUUCCGUGCCGAGCACAUGGGCUCGCUGCUGCGGCCCAAGGCCCUCAGCGACAAGCGCGUCCAGCUCGACGGCGAAAAGGCCGUCGUCAUCGCCGCCGACAAGGAGCUGCGCAAGCUCGAGGACGACGCCAUCGACGACAUCAUCAAGGUCCAGCUCGACCUCGGCUACCGCCCCGUGACGGACGGCGAGUACCGCCGCCACCAGUUCUGGGGCACCUUCUUCCCCGCCCUCGAGGGCAUGGAGGAGCUCGCCGACCCGCCCCUCGACAUGUUCCGCCUCUACGUGCCCGACCUGGCCGCCUUCACCGAGGCCGGCCACAAGCCGGGCGAGUCCAUUGUCUGCGUGGGCAAGAUCAAGCACACCGGCAGCACGUACCUCGACCAGUGGAACUACCUCAAGGACCACCUGCCGGCCGACCGCGUCGCCGGCGCCAAGCUGACGCUGCCCGCGCCCGAGUGGUACCACCUGCGCUACAAGCCGGGCUAUGCCUACCCCAAGGACGUCUAUGCCGACGACGCCGCCUACUUUGCCGACAUUGCCGUCGCCUACCAGACGGAGCUGCAGAUCCUCUACGACGCGGGCUGCCGCAACGUCACCAUCGACGACCCCAACCUGGCCUACUUCUGCUCCGAGAAGAUGCUGCAGGGCUUCCGGGACCACGGCGAGGACGCCGACGCGCUGCUGGCCAGCUACGUCCAGCUGUACAACGACUGCCUCGCCAAGCGGCCCGCCGACCUGCACGUCGGCCUGCACCUGUGCCGCGGCAACUUUGCCUACUCGCGCCACUUUAGCGAGGGCGCCUACGACCGCAUUGCCAAGACGCUGUUCCGCGAGAUCAACGUCGACACGUACUUUCUCGAGUACGACACGGAGCGCGCCGGCGGCUUCGCGCCGCUGGCCGAGCUGCCCGCCCACAAGAACGUCAUUGUCGGCGUCAUCACGAGCAAGUUCCCCGCGCUCGAGGACCUCGCGGCCAUGCGCGCGCGCGUCUACGAGGCCGCCGACUGCGUGGCCCGGGGCACGGCGGGCCAGACGCGCGAGCAGGCCCUGCAGCGCAUCGGCGUCAGCCCGCAGUGCGGCUUCGCCAGCCACCACCUGGGCAACAGCGUGACGCACCAGGACAUGGUGAACAAGCUGAAGCUGGUGCGCGACCUGGCCGACUCCAUCUGGCCGGGGGAGCCAUAG